GGUCAGAACUGGAGCACGGUGACUGAAUUCAUCCUCCUUGGCUUCUCCACCUUCCCCAGCAUCUCCUGCCCAUCUUCUUCUUCCUGUACCUGCUGAUGUACCUGUUCACGCUGCUGGGGAAGCUUCUCAUCAUGGCCACCAUCUGGAGUGAGCACAGCCUCCACACGCCCAUGUACCUCUUCCUGUGUGCCCUCUCCAUCUCUGAGAUUCUGUUCACCGUGGCUGUCAGCCCUGGCAUGCUGGUGGACAUGCUCUCCACCCAUCACUCCAUCACCUUUGUGGCCUGUGCCAGCCAGAUGUUCUUCUCCAUCACGUUUGGCUUCACCCACUCCUUCCUGCUCAUGAUCACGGGCUAUGACCACUACAUGGCCAUCUGUCACCCUCUGCGCUACAAUGUGCUCAUGGGCACCCGAGGCUUUGUCUGUCUUGUGUCCUGGUCCUGGGCCGGUGGCUCAGUCAUGGAGAUGAUGGUGACAUUGAUAGUUUUUCAUCUCACCUUCUGUUGGUCUAAUAUGAUCCACCAUUUUUUCUGCCACGUACUUUCCCUCUUGAAGUUGUCCUGUGGGAAGGAGGCAUCGUCUGUCACCUUGGGUGUGAUCCUGGUUUCUGUCACGGCUCUGAUGGGCUGUUUGUUCCUCAUCUUCCUCUCGUAUGUCUUCAUCGUGUCUGCCAUCUUGAGGAUCCCCUCAGCUGAGGGCCGGCACAAAAGCUUCUCCACAUGUGUGUCCCACCUCACUGUGGUGGUCGUGCACUGCGGUUUUGCCUCCAUCAUCUACCUCAAGCCCAAGGGCCCU